CACCGUCCCAUCCCCCUCCCGAAGAGAAGCUCGGCCCCUUGCCCUGUCUCAGUCAAGCGUGCAGCACCUUCGUCCCGUCUGUCAAUGAACAAAAAAAAAAAAAUAGCAAAUCCAAUGCGGUUAUGUUCCUACGAGAAAGUUGUUCCAGCCUUUCCCUAAUUCCGCUACCAAAGUGACAUAGAUCAUCCGUUCGUCCCGAGGUUUCUCCCCUUAGUCUAGCUUGGUCGAGCUAGAUAUUAGUGUCUACUGCACGCCUCAGCGCGAGCUGUACCUUUUUUCACCCCUAAUUUUGUUCAGAUCUCAUACAUUCCGUGCUUUGUUGAUUGUUAUAACACGUGGUGCGCAAAACAUAAGUCUAAAGCCAUCCUGCGGCUUUUGCUUGGCAUUUUCCCACACAGCCAGCCGGUUCGCUCUUUUUGCCAUUUCGAUUCAUACCUGAUUACGCGCGAAGGAUACGAGGGACAAUCUGGUUCCUGCACAUCCGGCAUCCAACUUUUGGACGCCGCAGAACAGUUCGCUGGGAAGCACCUUUUGUGACACAACGGAUCCAUGGCUUACAUACCGGCUGCGAUCACCGGGCCCGUCGCCAGGGGCACCGAGGUCCUGCGCGAGUCGCUCGGGAGCCUGACCUGGGGCCCGGCAAUGGCCCUCGCCAGACCGGCGGUUGAGGCCGUCUUCUCGCAGAUCGAGAUUGGGACUCUACUGCUGGUCGACGAGCCGGGCGGCCGUCGGAUCGUCUACGGCCAGAAGCUGCCGGAUAGGAGCAACGGGACCAAGCUGGACGAGGAGCCGCUCCCAACCCGGCCUAGUGGUGUGCGGAAGGCUACGACUAUCCCACGCGUUGAGCUCGUGGUCAAGCGCGAUGCGUUCUGGAUGCGCUUGUUCUUGUUCGCCGAUAUGGGGUUGGCCGAAGCUUAUAUGCUCGGCGACGUUGAAUGUGCCGACCUGACGUCUUUCUUCCAGCUAUUCAUUGUGAACCGAGACCAGAUGGGCAACGGCACGACGCGCUUCUCAGCUAUAUCUGGAGCCAUUACCAGCCUUGCCAGGACGACCAACACCCUGUCCAACUCCCUACUAAACAUCUCGGCUCAUUACGACAUCAGCAAUGAGAUGUUUGCUGCGUUUCUCUCCCCGGACAUGACCUACUCGUGCCCAGUAUGGAAAUCGGUCACGGACGGAUCCGACGAGCAGGAGGAGUCUCUCGAAGCAGCACAGUUGACCAAACUGCGCAGGUUCAUCACUGGAGCACGCAUCAAAUCGACAGACCACGUGCUGGAAAUCGGAACCGGCUGGGGAUCCUUCGCCAUCGAGGCUGUCAAGGCGACGGGCUGCCGUGUCACCAGUCUCACCCUCUCCAAGGAGCAAAAGGCGCUGGCGGAGGCUAGGAUAGCCGACGCUGGGCUCUCUGACCGGAUCGAGGUUCUGCUAAAGGACUACCGAGCGCUGGAGGCACCAGAGGGUCGGCCGUUUGACAAGAUAGUCUCGAUCGAGAUGCUCGAAGCGGUCGGGCAGGAAUUCCUUAGCACGUACUUUGCCUGCAUCGACAGGUUACUGAAGAAAGAUGGUGGUAUUGCCAUGUUUCAGUGCAUCACGAUGCCAGAAGGCCGACAUGAGGCUUACUCCAAGAGCGAAGACUUUAUAAACCACUAUAUUUUCCCAGGUGGUUACCUCCCCUCGAUCACACAGUUGUUGAACCACAUCAGCAAAGAAUCCCAGGGGACUCUGAUUGUCGAGGGUGUCGAAAAUAUCGGCGGGCAUUACAGCAAAACCCUGCGUCUAUGGAAGGAGGCGUUCCUAGAAAACUUUGACUCCAAGAUCAAGCCUGCGCUCAAGACCGAGCACGCGGGCAUGACAGAUGAGGCGAUUGCUGUUUUUAAGAACAAGUGGGAGUACUAUUUUACCUAUUGCGAGGCUGGCUUCCUCACAAAGACGCUUGGGGACGUGAUAAUAGCGGUCGGACGCGAGGGUGCCCUGGAACUGAUGGAGGGAAUCCCGCUAUGAUUUUGUAUAUUGCUCCUGGGUUUUGUGGUAAUAGCCACCUUUAGACUUUGAGAUAGAAAUGGCUUCGCUUGUUGGUUCUAAAUAGUCGAAGACGACAGACGUUUCAAUUCUUCCGCUUCUUCUUCGUUGUCUUUUUAUUCGAUGAAGAACCGCCGCUGGCACCUGGG